AUGGAAGUUUACGUGAAGAAAAAUUACGGGCACCUCGCGAAGCAGUUGCUCUGCGUUGUCGUUGUCGUGACGACCUGCGUCGUGUUGCUUAGUGACACCUGUCGCCGGGAGGGCUUCUUCCACUGGACGCAUAAUGGUUCCGACUCAAGACGAGGCCUGGGGAACCUCCUCCAGUCGGCUGGGUCAGACGUAGCGAAGUCGCUGUUUACAUCGGCGAAAAUUGGCACGUCUCAUCUUUGCGGUGGCUUCUCCGGCCAUGCGGACAUGUGUGUCAGCUACCAUCUUUUCAUCACUAUCGCUAUCGCUAUCAUAGUCUUUCUGCUUCUCUCGCUUGCACUUUCCAUCGCGGUGGCAGUUAUGGCCCGGCCACCCCGCCCUGCCAGCAGGGCUGCAGUCUUAUCCCAGAGAAUUGGUCUCGGGCUUGUUCUCGUAGGCUUCGCAUUUGCGACUGGCGCGUAUGGGAUUGGGCGACAGCUGCACAAAGCUCUUGGUGGUCAGUUGGAUAUAGGGCUUACACUGGUUGGAUUUUGCGUUAUCGCGGGACUUUCUAUCGUCUCGCUAGCUGCGGACACGUACAAUUGGUACCAUGCACGCCGACCUCUUGCUCCACAAGAGAACAAAGACCCGUUUGCGGAUCAGUGA